UACAUUUACAUUUAACCGGUUAUUUCCGAAAAAAACAUUGGCAACACUGCUUUGGUCGCCAUUAACAAACGUCCAUCCGUUUCGGACUUUCAGCGGAUUUUUAUACAACACGGACAUUUAGAAAUAAUUAAGUGAAUCUCGGACACUUCGGACCUUGUGUAGUGAAACUGAUGUGAUUUAUUUUGAUAUUGUCGUGUCUAAAGACUUCCAUAAGUGCUCUAUAUUCUCAAAAUCGCGGCCAAUGUCAGCAGGCGUGUCAGAUCAGCGGAUGAAAGGGCAAGGGAACCAAGUGACAAAUGCACCGAAAGAGCAACAUUUAGAGAGCGGCGGCGACGAGUUGGCCGAGGUGUCAUGGCGCCACCAGCAGCAACCUUCCUAUGCGCCACCCAUCUCGUCCGCGGCCGACCCCUACAGCGUGGCAGGUUAUUACGGUACAACAGCACUUCCUUAUCAAGCUUUUGGAGUCGGGGAUGGGACAUGGUCCACCAAUGGAACAGACCCGAUGACUUUCGGAGGAUACAAUCCUCACGAUUCUUAUGGAAUGGAUGGCGUGUUUGGGCCCUCAACAACACCGUUUUCGACCGCUGCAUUCGGCCAACCAGCGUCGACUUUUAAUUAUUUCCACGGUAAUGGCGACUAUUCAACUUGGGGGCAACUGGGCCGCGCCAAGCAGUAUGACGACUAUUACAGGGCCGACGGGCUUUAUGUGCCCGACGGUAUCAAAGCAGUCGAGACGGGAGUGCAGUCACUCUCGCUCGGCGAACACAAAUCGGAGAAAGAUCGUCCUCCAGAGCUCAAGGAUGUGUCAGGUGGCUCUCAGCCCAAAAAGAUGACAUGGGCGUCGAUUGCGAGCCAGCCGGCCAAGCCGGCUCCGUCCUCGCAGGGAGGCGCCGUGAAGAAGAAGGGCCCCGGCAUGCCUCCACCGCCAAUAAUCCCCGGGAAGCACAACAUGGACAUCAGCACGUGGGACGCCGGCAAGAGCGCGCCUGUCGUCACCGCGCCGCCGCCCCCGCCCCUGCAGGCGCCACCCGUGCCCGCCCCACUGCCCAUGCCCGCGCAGGCGCCGGCCGCCGCGCCGUCGCCUGCCGCGCUGCAGCAGCGCGGGCCGCCGCCACAGCACCAACCGCCGCCCGCGUGGGCGCAGCCCCGCGCGCCGCCGCCGCACCAGGCGCACCAGGCGCCGCAGCCGCACGCGCCGCGCCCGCAGCUGGCCGCCCCCGCCGUGGCCGUCCCACCGCCGCCGCCUGCCGCCGCUGUGCCGCACCCCGUGCUCGACGAGCUACGAGUGAAGAAUGACUACAAUCCCAAGGAGUUCGAUCUGAGUGCGCCUCUGGCUCGGUUCUUUGUGAUCAAGUCAUAUUCGGAAGAUGAUAUCCAUCGCAGCAUCAAAUACGAGAUAUGGUGCAGUACAGAGCACGGCAACAAGCGACUCGACGCUGCUUACCGCGAACGUGAAAGGGAGGGUGGUGCAGUCUUCUUGUUCUUUUCAGUGAACGGUAGCGGCCAUUUCUGCGGAAUGGCACGCAUGACUAGUGCGGUCGAUUACAACUCCAACUCUAAUGUGUGGUCUCAGGACAAGUGGAAGGGACAGUUUCGUGUAAGGUGGAUCUAUGUUAAGGACGUUCCGAACGUGCAACUACGUCAUAUCAAAUUAGAGAAUAACGAGAACAAGCCGGUGACAAAUUCUCGCGACACGCAGGAAGUGCCGCACGCGAAAGGGCUGCAAGUGCUAAGAAUCAUGCACUGUUACUGCCAUUCUACAUCUAUUUUUGACGACUUCAUUCACUACGAGAGGCGUCAAGAAGAAGAAGAUUCCCGCAAGGUUCCUGUUCACCAUCCUCAGGACAAUAAUCGUGAGGAUCAUGACAACGGUCGCGGAUAUCGGAACUAUCGUGAUUAUCGUGACAAGCGUGACGGUCGCGACGACCGGGAAGGGCGCGACGGUCGCGAUGGUAGGGGCGGACGCGACGGUCGUGAUGGGCGCGAUGGGCGAGACGGGCGGGACGGUCGCGACCCGCGGGACCACCGCGACUCACGCGACUCUCGGGACCAUCGGGACUCGCGCAACUAUCGCGACCCUCGCGACGCUCUCGAUUUAGAGGAUGACGGACCUCGGGACUAUAACGACCAUAAUGACCGCAAUGAAUCAGGCAUGUACCGCGACGGUCCCCUGUCCAAUAUGUAUCGUGACCGUGAUUACAACAGACCUCGCAAGGACCGGGACGGUUCGCGCGGUCGCGGACGUCCUCGCAAUUGAUUGAUGUGCUUGCUAUGUGAAUACAAUUUGAGGACUGGCUUCUCCCCAUAGACAACUAGUAGUCGACUAAUUGGUACCGCAUUACAUAGACGUAUGUAUAGUGGACAUACAUAGACAGGAAAGAGGAAUUACUUCCUACAACGUGACCGGCGGUUGUUGCGUUCCAACUUGAACAAUUUUAAUGUAACAUAGAUAUUAUUGAUUGUUUUAAACAGUGCAUCGCUAAAAAAACUUUCAACAAAUUAAAAUGUGCUAAAUAAUAUUCGUACUGGAAGAACGUUUAAUUAAACAAACGCCUAGUGAACAGAACAUUAAUGAAUACCAACAAUCGUCAUGUACUAGUAACGCACUAUAUGACGAUGAGUGGAAUUGUGGACUUUAUUUCAAAUUUGUGGACUGAAUCGAUAAAAUAUAGUAAUUUUUAUAACUAGAAAAUUCUGUGGUGAGAGGAGUUGAUCCUACGGUUUGGGGACUGGUGAAGUAUCUACACAUUGUGCGCAGACUGAGUGUUAUGGUACCUCGGCAUCAAGUGUCUAUGAUAUUCUUUCAAUGUAUGGAUAGCUGAUUAUAUCAGUGGUGACUUAUAACUUUUAUAUUGCAGAAAUUGUAAUCAAAUAAGGUGUGGACCUUUUAUAUAAAUUUUUUUAUAUCAAUAUAAUGGACAGUUAUGUAUGAGUUCUCUCGUGGCAUUGAGUUUAGUCUUACUCCAUGCGCUGGCUUUACCUGUUUUACUUAUUUUCGAUAUGGCAAUAUUACAUAAUUUGCAUACAAUGUAUUUGAUAUUGCAAUAUCAUGGAGUAAAAUGACACCUAUUAUUAUCUAUUUAAUUACUGUGUCAACUAGUUUGAGGACAUUCUGAUCACAUAAUUAUUUCUAAGUUGUAGGUAUGUAUGGAUUGUUCCUUGUUGAAUUUUUUAACAUGUGUACAUAUAUAUUAUAUAAAAGAACUCUUAAAAUAUUUUCUACUUUUAAGUGAAACUACAGUGUGACGAGAGAAAUUGAUGACAAACAAGAGGAAAUUUCCAUUAUAACUUGUUCUGACCUUAAUUAUAUUUUUAUUCAUGUAUCAUUACUCCCCCACCUUAAUUUUAAAGUGCCUUUUCGUUUACAAUAAAUGAAAUAUUUGGAAUCUGUUCUUAAUUUGUGUAGAUGUCUAGUAGUAGUGCCACAAGGUAUUUUAUUAAUACCUAAAUCUAAUUUCUAGUUAAUUUUGCUAAUGCAUUAUAGAUAUGUCCAUUGUUUUACAUAUUUUUUUAGUUUGUAUUCUGUUUUAGUAAGGAAACUGAUUUCCUUCAUAACAUAUGAAGCAUUAUUUUAAAAAUUAUGUACCUUCUAUAUGAAAUUCUCUUACUUAGAAGUGAUACUGGAUUAAAGCCUGUCAUUGAAA